GAAUGUAGUCCACCUUAAGCGCACAUAGAGGGUAAACGCAGGCGUAGAGCGAGGCUUCCGCUUCAUUCCCAGCCGGGCUCGGAGCGGAUCACUUCGGAGGCGAGAGAGAGGCGCUCGGCCAAAGCCAACGGAACCAGUGCUGCAACAUGUCGGAGCCGAAAUACCGAGAAUGGAUCCUGGAAACCAUCGACUCCCUGCGCUCGAGAAAAGCCCGACCGGACCUGGAAAGAAUCUGCCGAAUGGUCCGAAGAAGACACGGCUCAGACCCGGACAAAACCAGGGCUGAACUAGAAAAACUGAUCCAAGAGCAAACUGUGCUGAAAGUUAGCUACAAGGGGUCCAUCUCCUACAGGAACGCUGCUAAAGUGCAAAGGAAAUGCAGAAAGAGAACGGAGCAAACCCCCGACAGCUGCGAGCCGCUCGGUGAACACGACAAACGCGCGAGAUGCAAUAACAACGACAGCGCGCUCAGCCUCACGGACCAAGAGGAGUGCGAGGACAAGGAGCCCGAGGAACCCGGGGCGAGCCCGUGUCCUGACCCCCUGCCUCAAACCUCGCCCUCCGCUCUUGUAAAGGAAGAGCAGAUUUUACCACAAUCUAGCGGAAACAGUUUUGUUAGUUGUGGCGCAUCGGGCCACUCCGCCGGGAGCGUGAAGGCAAGUGCAUCGAGAGACAAGAGCUCGGUCGCCGAGGCGGGAGCAACCGGCUCCUCUCUCCACCGCGAUGCUGCAAACAGACGGGCUGAAGGAGACGUGACGCUCGGCCACGAGGGCAGCGAUGAUGAUGAUGAUGGUGAUGAGAAAGAAAAGAAAACUUGCUCAAGCGCCGGCAGUCCGCAUCCGAGAAACAAGCCCCCCGCGUCCACCAAACCCAAACUUAAGGAGGGGGCAAAGGGCUCCGGGACGCGCUGCUCGGACUCUCCGGAUGAGAGCAGCGCUGAUCUGGGCGACAGGCUGGUUUCUGCGGUCCGAAGUCUGUCCGAGAGACACCGGGGCUCCGCCGCAACACGGGGCCACGCGCCGCCGGGGCUCAAAGAGAUCCUCGACUACCUCAGCACGCAGCGAGGGAUGCCCGGGGAGAAGCUGACCCGCAACCGGGUUAAAGUGGUCCUGGAGCGCGAGAUCGAGAGGGGUCGACUCCGCAGGACCCGCCUGGGCCACAUCACUGCUGCCGCGCGGGGGAUGUGGGCGGCCAAGCCGUCCGCGCGGCUCCUGAAGAGCGCACUGCAGGACAGACGUCUCGCGAAGAAGUCCAUUAGAGCUCUCAGAAACGCUGUGUCUAUUCCUGCUGGUCAGGAGGAGGUGAAGACAGAAGAAAGGACGGAGGAGGAGAGCGAGGAGCAUGACACAGUGGGCUCAGCGGAGGAUGUUCCCAUCACUGAUGGAGGUCCCGCAGGUGUCAAGGCCUCACCUGACACCCAGCUGCAGAAUGAUAAUGGCACCGACCCACCGCUGACCUCAGACCAGUGCUCCUUACAACAGGAAGUAGACGGGGGAGGACGUGAAGAGCAGACCGUGUCUGUGGAGCCCGAGGAUGCUGAGAAAAACACAGAUGCUCCUGAUCAGCUACAUCCCAGCACUGAGGAUCAGCUGAUUGUGAUGUCAGAGACCGUAAAGGCUCCAUCAUCAAUACCUCUAAGAAACUGUGCAGACUGUAAGCUGGAGGUGGGAGUCUCGUCAUGUUUGCUGACUCCCUCUGCCUCACCAGGAGCGGCUGAAGAACGAGGGAUGAAUGAAGGAAUAGGUGGGUUUCUGAAGUUUGAGACGGGGGGCAUGAGCCCGGUGGACUGGACUGUAGCAGACGUGGUCAGUUACUUCACCGCGGCUGGAUUUCCAGAGCAGGCGCUCGCCUUCAGGACACAGGAGAUCGACGGGAAGUCCCUCCUUCUGAUGCAAAGGAAUGACGUGCUGACAGGCCUGUCAAUCAAACUCGGUCCCGCCCUAAAGAUCUAUGAAAGACACGUGAAGGUUCUGCAGAGGACCCAUUUCCAGGAGGACGAAGCUUUCUGCUGAUACACACACACACACGCAUAUAUUUGAGCUAUUGUACAUGACAAAGUAACUUGCAUGUACAUAUACCAAACAAUAUUUACUCAUCCCAGAACACGCAUAUUCCUGAAGACAUUCCUGAAGACAUUCAAUACGACUCUGAAGGACUUUUCGUUUUCCUCACACAAUAAUGUAUAUAUAUAUUUUUAAUCAGUUAUCCUGCAGCUAUUGGAAAGAACUUUGGACGGAAAAGUGAGUAAAAUGAACUGAACUGAGUAGAAGAAUGGAGUAAGUUUGGGAAGACUGAAAGGAGAAAAAAAAUGAAGAAGCGUCACCGUUUUUUGAAAUGACUGCAGUUCUGUGCAGUUAACGCUGCUCUGAUGGAUACCACUGCUCGGACUGUGACACUUGACCCUGAAUUCAUUUCAUCAAGUUGAUUUUUUCUUUUUUCCAGGCCAGUAAGUGGCGGAAAAUAUUUUUUUUUGUGACCUCACUGGUUUCAUGAUUGCUAUUGAAACCAAAGGAUGGAGGGUCUCCACUGCACAGAGAACUUUUUGUUAAAAAUGUUGCUCCAAUGUAAAAAAGAAACCUGUCUGGCUACAGUUUUAAAUAAGUAAAUUCUUGAGAUUGACUGAAGCCCUCGUCUUCUCUCAGCGAUAGACUAAACCAUUUCUUCCUGACAUACUGAAAUGAUCUUGAAUGUCUAUUGUUCCUUCCAGUGUUUUUGUCUCUUGCACCCUUAUGUCAGAAAGAAAUACAAUUAAAAACUGUUUCUGUAGAUCUCCUGCACACAAUCAAGUGGGCGCAUCUCACCGAGAAUCUUCCUUCAAGGGGACUUUGACUCCUUUAAUCUGGGAUUUGCCCGCUUGACUUUCUGGCUCCAUCAUCACCACUGAAAACUGAGCAUAACUUUUGUAAAUAUCAGUUUUCCAAGUUGUGAAGCAAUGACGUUAUUCCUUCACCAGCAGUUGAAGAAAGUGUCUGAAUGUCCUCAAAAGCACAGAGAGCCCCGAAGCCAUGCAGCUCUUGAACUUUACCAUUUGUGAAAUAUAUAUGCAUCAGCCCAACAGAUGAAUAUCGUGGGAACUGAGACAAUAAUUUGUGUAAAACAAUCAAAUAAUAAUGUAAGGGUCCAUUCAACUGAUUACAAGACUGACGUGUGAGAGAAGGGAUGUGGAAACUGGAUCUUUGUUAAGCUGUCCUUUAGCUCCAGUGUAUUUUGUGAGGUUAAACUGACCCAUCACUUGUAAAUGGGCUCUUACUGAUUCUGUCACGACAGGCAGGACCAUGUUCAUGUGCAUUGUGAAGAAACUAUAGGUCAGUCUGAGUUCAGAUUAUAGACACCUCUGUCCUGCCUGACAAUUUUAGCACCUUGAAUUCAUCAAACUCUCCUGAUUUAUUUAUUUCGUUGAAUGUUUGUUUAUAAAACAUGAUCUUCAUUUUUAUGACGUUAACUAGAUCUAAAGUAAAAGCUGGAGCUCAUUGAAACGUUGAUAAUGCCUCUGUUUCUCUGUUUAUGACUUUCAUGAUGAAUUUCUUUUUACUUUGACUUAUUAAUGAAGUGGAAUAUCAACGAACACCUAAAAGGAUUUUUCUGUGUUCUCAACAAGUCUUUGUAAUAGAUACAUUAACAGACUGCAAGAAAUCAGUAUCUCAAAGCAAAAAACAAGGAGCUACAGCUGUUGGUUGGUUUUGGAUCCGAAAGUCAAUGCCAUCAGGGUAAAGGUUUACAUUACAGCCAUAAGGUACAACAUGAGGCCAGCAUCCAUCUUGAUGAACGAAGAUGCUGGGAGUGACUCAAAAAGGGUUUGAGAAGAAUAAUGCAUUGUCCAAUCAGUGUGUAAGUUAUUGAAUGUCCAUGUGUUUCUUGAAAUGAACAGGAACUGUUUCUGUAUGUCUUUUUGAUUACUCGCAUUAAAGAGGACAUUCCAGAUGACUGCA